AUGAGGACUAGACGGAGUGCAAAAUUAAUCGAAAAUACUCAGUCAAGUCCCGAAACAAAGGAAGAAGAUUCAGUAAUAGAUGAAUCGCACGUUCUUUUAGAUUUUAAAGAGUUCCAUUCCACUGAAAUAUUCCAGGGUUCGACUUUCAAUCUUAUUUCAUCGGAUAAAAAACAGGGUACUGUUUACAAAAUCGAUAACAGUAGUUUUAAUAAAAUUUCAUUUAAUAAUUUUGAAACGGACACUCCCACAUGUUUAAUUAAUGAUUAUUUGCCUUUAAACGGCACUCACGUAUCCAAUGGAAUGACAUAUAUAUUGGUAGACAAAGAAAGCUUAAAUAAAACAUCAGAUACCAAAUAUGAUGGUGAUUCAAAUUCAGGAAACAAAAUAAGAUAUUGGUUCACUGACAAAUCUGUAGAAUUUAACACGGAUAAAUAA